GACGGAACUCUGUCCCCAUCGCCCCCAUCCUCAUCAGAGCGCAGUGCUCCUCUUCACUCCGCUAUAAGCCCCCAAAUCCUAUCCCUUUUUAUCUUCCCAACGCCCAUUGCUCAUUGGCCCCCUCGCUUCAAUCCACGGCCCCUCAUCAAACCCUCCUCGUCUUCCCCCCACCUCCCGCAUCCCAUCCCAUCCCAUCAUGCCGUCAGGUGCGAAGAAGAGGAAAGCCGCACGCCGCAAGAAGGAGAUGGGACAGGGCGCCCACCCUCCCCAUUCCCCGACCUCCCCUCCCGCUCCUCCUUCUCCUUCAGGCGGCGGUGAAUGCCACGGCCACCACCGCGAGGAGGACAGCGCCAGCAGCGGUGAAGAAGACGCUGCCGAUCGUGAGACCGCCGUGGUCAAGAGGGAGGAGGCAGCCGCGCCUGUAUCGAAAGAGGUUCAAGAAGUGAGCGUGGAGGUGGCACCCGUGCCUGCAUCGGAAGAGGCCCAAGAAGUGGGUGUCGACUUGGUACGGGAUGGAGCUCCAGAGGCAGGCGCCGUAGCGGAUUUUCCGGCGGUUGUUCCUGUCGAUGGGUCUUCUUCCGCGAAAGAGGAGGUCGUGGAGGUUGCCGAGCCUGCGGCCGAGACUUCCAAGACCUCGAUCGAUGUGGACUCCUUGUCACAUGGAACUGAACAGAAGCCAGUCCCUGUCCUCAACAAUUUGGUCAGCCAAGUGCCUCGUGAGAACACCGAGCUAUGCCGUGGGACAGCCGAUUCUGAGGUUUCAGUAACACUACUAGAGCGCCGAGCCACCUGGUGGAAUUGCUGUGGAUUAUUUGAUGUUCUUACAGGAUCCAGAGAAAAUAGCAGGUGUUUUUUUAAGAACCACCGUCUUUUGAGUAUUUACAAUCAAUCCCAAAGGAACACCUAUAAUUUGAAGUGCACUUCCUGGUAAGAAACUUGCAGGACAUGAUGAUGCAAAAAGGAGACAUGAAUAAGAACUGCUUCAGGAUGCCUUAUUCUUCGAUGCUUAUAAGAGUAUGUGCUGCACAAAAAAGGUACUUCAAUGUUGGCAACCCGACACAAUGGCACGAUACAAUUCCUUUGUUCUGACGUAUGGAUGUCAUGUAGCAGUAGCUGCUAUCGGUUCUUUUUCAUUGGUACAUGUGAAACCUUACCAUUUGUUAUCUUGUUUAUAGUCUUCUUUUUAUGCCAAAAGUUUGCUUGUUGAGUCUUGGCAGUCACAAUUCAAUCGGAAUUUGUUCUCGUCUUCUGUAUGUUAGUAAAAGCUUGAUUUGAAUCA